CAUGCAUUUUGUUUCGUAUAGGAACAGUAUAAUAAGUACGACAAAGACCGAAGUGGUACACUGGACAUGUAUGAAUUAAAUGAUGUCUUGGAUGCUUUGGGUGAGUGAAGAACGACCCACAACGUGGUACCCAGGGUAUUUUGUGGGACAAGAUACUACUGAUAUCUGAAACCUUUGAUCAAGAAUGAUACGAUUAUGGACAAAAUCACUCGGACAAACACAUUAAAUACAAAGAGUGUUGCACAAUCUCUAAAAUACAGUAUCCUCCGAAAUACCCUGGUACAAUGUUGGUGAACACUCGAGGCAUGACCAUAACUUUGUUGACAUUUGAGACAGCAACAUUGUACCAGUUGUCGGGCUCUAACCGCGAGUUCAUGUAUAUAAUUGUAUACACAAAGUUGAUGCCAUGAUGUCCAAAAUAAUAAAAUAUUUUAACCAUCUAUUCUUGAUCUUCUCGUGUCUAGGUAUCAAAAUGAGCACACGUUGUUUGACUGCCAUCACUUGCCGUUAUUCCAACAAGAAAGGAACUGUAGACUUUGAUGACUUCCUGCAGAUUUACACACGAGUUGUUGGCCUCAUUGGUAAGUGCUUUGGCGAGUGAGUCACAAUGCGCCUUACUUUGGUAAUUAAGAGGAAAUGUUGAGCAUUAAACUGUUACCCCGACAUAUUAGUAUCUUCCCAUGUCUGUUAUGAAUGCCGCAUUGUGCCAUAAUGAGCCUGACAAAACCUUUUGGAACAUUUAUAUGCGGGCUAUAACUGAACAAUAACAUUAAUCUUGUAGAAACAUUCAACAAGCAUUGCAGACGUGGAAAUGAGGCUUCGUUUAAGUUGGACGAUGUAAGUUUUGUUUUGAUUUUUUUUUAACUGAACUGUUCCUAUAGUCGUAUAGAGGUCAAGUAAAAGCAUUGGUUAAUAAUUAGGUUCUAGAAGUCUUCUAGAAGAAAAAAUCUAAAAUUUUCUAUCGGUAUAACUAAAAAACGUUUUUGAUUUUGCAGUUCAUUGAAAGCGCUGUUGGUCUGUAAACAUGACAGAAGCAUGGGACGUAAGUACUUUAGGCAUUUCACAAAUAGUUACCACCAACACAAUUCACAACAUUUGCAUGCUUUUUGAUGUUAUGUAAGUGUUUGUAUAAAGUACUCAGGUGAAUAAGAUGCUUGUGUGAUGUUACACUGAGUGUAAAUCCACACCGAGCAAGCUUGAAAAAUAUGCCUGGCCACGGUGGGAAUCGAACCUACGACCUUUGGAAUACCAGCCCAAGCUAGUAUUUGGGCUAGUAUUCCAAAGGUCGUAGGUUCGAUUUCCACCGUGGCCAGGCAUAUUUUUCAAGCUUGUCCGGUGUGGAUUUACACUCGAGAGUAACAUCACACAAGCAUCUUUGUAUAAAGUUUAGAAUAUGGAACAAAGUUAUAAAUAAAGCAAUCCUCAAUACUUCCUAUUUUUGUUUCAGGUGAUUCAUCUUUAUUUUCAUUCAUAUUAUGACGACACUGAAUAUGAAAUAAUGGUAUCUGUUUACUAUUAAUGACUGAUACGCCAAUUCUAUUACUAUUAGUUAUUACUGUUAGUAUUCUUAACUUUUCCGACGGUUAAUUAAAUAUGGAUAUUCAUAUGUACUUGAAGUAGGUAGUAUUUUUUCUUGGAAUAAAGUUCUUAAACGUGACAUUGUUUUGCAGUUUUUCUUUAUUUAUAUGAGACGACGGUCUUAGCUGUACGGAGCGGAAUUUCUCUUUGUCUUGUGAUUUCUCGUGUGGAACUAAGUAGAAAAGACAAAGAGAAAUUCCGCUCCGCGCGGAAAAUUCCGCCUAGCGGAAAACGGCCAUUACAUAAUCUAACAAACCCGCCUAUAAUUUAACAAAAAAAAGUUACUUCAGCUACAAACUAUUCAGUUUUCUAUUCUUGGGAUGUUUACAACAAGCAUAUCGUAUGAUGCAACAACAUCCUCAAAUCCAUUCUUUGCCUCGUCUAGAAGUUUCACGACACUUUCUUCCCCUGGUUUCAACACUUCGUCCCGUCCCUUGUAGCGUUGGCUGAAAUGCGUAAGAAUAAGCUUCUUUGCUUGGAUUGAUCUAGCAAAACUUGCAGCCAUACCU